AUGUGCCUGGCGGAGCUCGGAUCGCUGGUUCCUGAUAACAGCCCUUUGGCACCUCUUCUUAACGAGGUCAGAGUCGCCACAGAUUACAUCCUCCGUGCGCCUCGCUGUGCAGCACUCUCCCUGGGCAGAGGGAUGGCUUCGACAGUAGUGGCGCAGAGGCACCUGUGGCUGACCCUCUCUGACGUCCCGGAUAGGGACAGAGCUAAAUGCUCAGCCUGCGGGCAGAAUGAGCCAGGUCAGGGAGGUGAUGCAGUCCCCUGCAGACACACUGGGGGGCGACAACGCCCCGCCGAUGGUGCUGCAGGUCAGCUGGCUGGCUGCUCACUUCCUUCAGUGGCGCGCUUGCGCCCCCUCUCCGUGGGUGCUGCGAACCGUUGCCAUGGGUUGCAGUUCCGGGUCAAGCCGCCUCGUUUCCAAGGAGUCGUAAACACGACUGUCAACACCGAGGCGGCCAUGAUACUCAGAGAGGAAAUAAAGGCGCUAUUGCAGAAAAGAGCAAUACGAGUGGUCCCCACUUCGGAGACAAACAAAGGUGUCAUCUGCAUGGUUGCGGUCUUUCGGGUUUCGCUCCACAUCUCGCACAGCCGCUCUCUACAAGGUCAGCUUCACAUCCCACACCGACAACUCCCUGAUUGGUCUGAAGUUCACCAAGAACCAAUACUGACAGUGUGCAGCUCAGCAGGGGGAAACUUCUCUGAUGGUUCAGUCCACUUCAGGAAGCCUGAACGUUGCUGUUCUUCGGUCUUGAUGAUGAAGACGGGCACGAGAAGUGUUUGUUGUGUUGCUCUGGCUGGAGAAACCCUGCAGCGCUGCCAGGACAAGAGCUCCUGCCAGCCGCCGCCUCGCAGCCCGAGAGGGGAAGAACCUCAAAGAGCCAAAUCCGAACUGAGCGAUGGCCAGUUUAACUGAUGUCUCAUGCUCUCUGUGUGAAAAGCAGCAUCAGUCUGCAUGAGUGUGAUCAUAUUUUGGUUAACACUGAAAUAAAGAUGCCAACCUUCAACAUGCUGGCUUUUAGAAUUAUUUCAUGUUCGAUCUAAAAACGUGAGAAGUUAAAGAGAGCUCUGGUGUUUUUCACCAGUAAGACUUGACUUGAACCAGGGUUAGUGGUCUAAAAAGGCUGCCAGAAUAUGAAGACACUAUCCUGCAAUUAUAGCAGAGCGAAAUCAAUGCGACCAGCAGCACUGACCAUCAAGAGCCAAAGCAUACCACAAAAAAUGAUUAGAGAGAAAAGCAGUUAAAUUCAGUCCUCAUUAACCCGUCAUCUAUAAGUCCAAGAGGUUUGGUUUGGUUCCAUUUCCAACGGCUGGAAAUGUGCUUCAGGUAGCAGGAACUUUAUUAUCGAACGGAUAUGAAACCUCUGAGCUUGUUUGGUUUCAGUUUUAUUCUUUAUGUGAUGUCCUACCUCAGACCAGAUUUGGUUAAAAUACUGGAACAAAGCUUGUGCUGUCCUUUAAACACCCUCACACUGUGUAGCAUCUCCUCAAUAUGUGAACCAUGUAUUCUGCAUAUAAACCAGUAGUUAUUAAAGGAAUGCACUGACCAUGCUGGUAUCUCAUGUUCUCUGGAGCGACAUCAGUCUGAGGAA